UGCAGCGCGGUUGAACAAAAGAGAGAGAGARCGAGAGAUGAUGAGGUAGCAACAUAGCAAGCACAAGAGCGCAAUUUGACAUCCCCCGGCGUGGUCUGUAGCCUAAUUUGACCGUUACCGUUUACCAUAACCUGUAUCAAAAGAAAAAGACAAUUCGACGAAUUCUGGGUGGAGAUUUUAAUCGUAGCCUACUGAACUUGUGUCAUAUUUUCAAUUUUUUACUACACGUUGCAUUUACAGUAAUAUUUGGAAUUGUGAUCAAGAAAAGCAAAAUGUUAAGGAUAAUGUUUCAUGUCACUCAAUAAGAUCAGUUGAAGAAGAUCAAAAGUCCAAUCAAGACCAAUCAUCAAAAAGGCCCAAACUACCAGUGAAACAACAUUGUCCGCAUUCCGCCAUGGCUUCCAACACCAGUGCUGCCCCCAGUGGAGCGGAGGGAGAACAGCAGCCGGAGCAGACCAUCACCUCCCAGCCAACCAGCGCUGAGCACCAAGAGACAGCCCCUGACUCCAGCCAGUCGGAAUCCAAAGACCACUUGGCAGUAAUCAGCGAGAAGAUGGAGACAAGUAAUGGAAUGUGUGCUGCCAACUCCUCGCCCACAUCUUCCAUCUCGUCCCCAAAGCGACUGCAACACGCCAAACCAACCAACGGCCGGGCACGGAAAGGAAGCCGCUCUGGGUCCCUGCUGGGUCAUGGGGCAGGGUCUCCCAGGCCUUCCAUCAGCCGUCAGCCCAGCACCGUGACAGAGGAGGACGACGGCAAGCCCCCUAGAGACUACCUAAUAUUGGCCAUACUGUCCUGCUUCUGCCCCUUGUGGCCGAUCAACAUCGUGGCUCUCGUCUUCUCUGUUAUGUCGAGGAACAGCCUGCAGCUGGGGAACGUAGACGGGGCGCGGCGUCUGGGCCGGAACGCAAUGGUGCUGUCCAUCGUUUCGCUAGUUGGCGGGGUCAUCAUCAUCAUCGCAGCCAUCGUCUUAAACUGGGGAAGUAUAAUCAAAUCCUGAGGGUCACCAUGGAAACCAGGAGCAAGAUCGCAAGACAGCACACCAACAACCAUCCCAACCAGACUUUUCCCCUUUCCUACGAUCAAAACACUAUUCUACAAAAGCGCCUGCAACCUACAGCAUACCCAUUUGACCCCUUUUUUUGCUGCACGAUCAUGUAUGGCCUGUAAUAUGUUCUCUGAAACAGCUAAGACAAGUCCGUCACCUCUACCUCCUACACCUCGGACCCCAACGCUGCCACCAGUGGUGUAGUGCAGGGUAAACGUACGUAAACGUCGUUUACACACAUUUUGCUCCAGUGUUUAUCCACCUUUUGCAGACAAAUGCAUUGAAAGUAUAGAGGGCGUUACUUUAUUGACCGUCAACAGUGAUCAGGAGUUACCCACCUAUUUUUUUGACCACUCGUCACUGGCUGCCACCAUCACUCAGAAGGUCGAAGGCGUCAUGUAGAACAACACUGAGGUAGGAUAGACAAGUGACAAACAGACUGGUUCCUCUGAAUGAGAGAGAUGCGUCUAACGAGUCUAACUCUGGUCAACGAUGCCAUGAUCUUCUGCAAUGGUUGCCUGAGUCUCAGAAUGUAUUUAAAGUCUCUGCAUGAUUUUCCGGGACCAGGCUGCUCCUCCCAGGCUGUUCCAAUGUGACAAAACACAAAGUGUCUCUAUUGUCGCCGGAAAGGACAUUUGGUUUUCUCUGUAAUGUUAUUAUUUCCUUCCACUGAAUCAUUCAUCUCCAGUCAGUCCACACCUCAGUAACACAACCAAGGAAUCCUUUUAACUGUGACGCCAAAACCAGCCCACCCUAUAGGAUAACGUUAAAGAUGGCAAAGGAAGAGUUAGGAAGAGGUGACUGGGAUUGGAAUUGAUCUUUGAUAAAUGUGAGGAUGUUGAUGGGGCUUUUUAGUUCUGAAUUUUUUCCAGAUUGUUAUAUUCUGUGAAGGUAAGGAGGAGUUAGAGACAGAUGGGACCAUCUGUACUUUAAUUUAGGGACACCCCUGGGGUCUCCAUCUCUUUGCUUCAUCGUCUUUGUUUAAAAAUAACUGGAAUCUGGGGAGAAUGAGCCACUCUGGGUUGGGGAUUGAGGCAGGGCUGGUAACUCGCAUGCACUCUGAAACACACUUGCUUACCCCCCCCCCCCGCACACACGCACAAACACCCAUACACACAGAGUGUGUAAGAGAAGACAGAUGUACGCAGUUACACACAAGAGACACAGGCAGGCACACCCAUACGGCGGAAUGACAUUCUCAUUGGCUGAGAGAAGGAGGGAGAUAAAGAACAGGAGAGGAGAGGAGGGAGGGGAGGAUUGGGGAUAGCUGCAUGGGCUUCAGUCCUUUGUUUGGCACAGAUAGAGACAAAGAGGAUGUGUGUGUGUGUGUGUGUGUGUGCGCGUGCGUGUGCAUAUGUGUGUGUGUGUGUGUGUGUGUGAGAGAGAGACAGAGAGAGACAGAGAAAGAGAGAUGGUGUGGUGCUUGAUACUGAUGCAGGAUAAAACGUCUGAGAAUAUACUAGACUGAGCAGAGCCGGUUCUAGAAUAAACACAAAAGACAAGCAGUAAUUUUUAUUUUGUUGCUUACUCUUCAUUUUCCCAGCUUCUGUCCAGUAUAUACCUCCAUAUCACCUAUUCCUUAUUCAUUUUACCUUUACUUUAACAUGGUGUCCUAUUGAGACCAGGGUCUCUUUUGCAAGGGAGCCAUGCAUCUUCCAAUUCCACAACAACAAUGUUAUGACAGUCUGCUUGACAGUAUUUACACAAUUCUAAACAUAGUCUACCAUCUCUGGUCAGUUUGGAUUCAUUCCUCUCACUUCAGUAUUGCAAAUGUAUUGCCCACUUUACCUCUCAAAGUAUGUAUUCAUUAUCUUUGAUGGUUGCCUCUUUUGUUAAAAUUCUAUGCAAAUACCUCGCUGGGGUAUUUGGUCAGUUGGUACUCCUUCUCCAACGUGGUCAGUAUCAGCUCCUAUGUGCUUAGUGUUUGCCCUUGCCUGGUUGUUAUUCACAAAGCAGAAUGACCUCUUCUCCCUUUGGGAGUCAGUCAGUGUGUCACUGUGUGCCAAAGCCUGGAAUGUGAGCCAAGCCACGUACAGUAGGGGCCAGGCAGUCUUUGGCUUGACUCCAGCUAAGUGUGCGUGUGCGUGUGUGUGUGUGUAAGAUAGUCUUUAAGAGUGUGUGUGUGUCUGCCCCUGGAUGCUGUUUUUAGGGAGAAGCAGGUGAGUCAGUCCCYUCCCACUCAGUUUAAAGGUAUCAUGUUCUACUUGGCACCCACACUCCCUUCACUUCCCAAGCCCAGUCCCCUGUGCAUGUUUACAGUAUCGUUUACAGUGUGUUUAUACUUAAGAGUUUUUAAUGGAGAAUGGGUUAACUCUAAUGCUUUUACACCAAGGACAUCUUUAUGUAGCUGAGAGGCUCGUUGACUUGUGCAGCGCAUUGUAAAUAAAUAAUAUGCAUAUUUA